UGAAUUUUUCAGCUCAAGUUGCUGUUCUUGUUUGGAUCAGAUUCAGAUCUGUAAAUGUUAGGUGUGAGGGAUGCUCCACCAGUUCGUUACAGCCUAGCUUUCAUUUGAUCUGUCUUUUGCGUAAUUUUGAAGAUUAAUCAUCUAGUCGGUAGCAAAAUUUUAGUAACGUGCAUCCGAUUUCUUUGAUCGGCUAUUUAAAUGGAAGUUAUAGCAUUUUUAAUUUGAGCCCAAGGUUAGGGUUUUAGUGCAGAUUGAAUAUCAAUUAGAUACUGUGAAGUGUGAUCCGAAGAAGAUGGCUACACAGGGUACUACUGGAGCAAACAAUGCUACUACCAGACCGCCGCCGAAUCCUUCUCCUUUACGUACUGCGAAGUUUUUCCAGGCCAACAUGAGGAUAUUGGUUACUGGAGGAGCUGGUUUCAUUGGCUCUCACCUAGUGGAUAGAUUGAUGGAAAAUGAAAAGAACGAGGUGGUGGUUGUAGAUAAUUACUUCACAGGAUCAAAGGACAAUCUAAAACAAUGGAUUGGUCAUCCCAGAUUUGAGCUUAUUCGUCAUGAUGUCACAGAGCCAUUGUUGAUUGAGGUCGAUCAAAUAUAUCAUCUUGCUUGUCCUGCUUCCCCUAUUUUCUACAAACAUAAUCCAGUGAAGACAAUCAAGACAAAUGUGAUUGGAACUUUGAACAUGUUGGGACUUGCCAAGCGAGUUGGAGCAAGAAUUUUGCUGACUUCAACUUCGGAGGUUUAUGGAGAUCCUCUUGUGCAUCCUCAAGAUGAGAGCUAUUGGGGAAAUGUUAACCCCAUUGGAGUUAGGAGCUGUUAUGAUGAGGGAAAACGAGUAGCUGAGACUUUGAUGUUUGACUAUCAUAGGCAGCAUGGAAUAGAAAUACGGAUUGCUAGAAUCUUCAAUACAUAUGGACCUAGGAUGAACAUUGAUGAUGGUCGUGUUGUCAGCAAUUUCAUAGCUCAAGCAAUCCGCAAUGAACCAUUGACCGUUCAAUCACCUGGGACUCAGACUCGGAGCUUCUGCUACGUCUCUGACAUGGUUGAUGGGCUUGUUCGGCUUAUGGAAGGAAACAAUACAGGCCCAAUCAACAUUGGAAAUCCAGGUGAAUUCACGAUGCUUGAACUUGCAGAGAAUGUGAAAGAGUUGAUAAACCCAGAAGUGAAAAUCAUACAUGUGGAGAACACACCUGAUGAUCCAAGGCAAAGAAAGCCAGUGAUCACCAAAGCAAAGGAGUUGCUAGGUUGGGAGCCAACAGUGAAGCUGGUUGAUGGGCUUCCGCGUAUGGAGGAAGAUUUUCGCAAGAGGCUUGGAAUCCCUAAAAAUGCAUAAGAACUUCAUACUAUUGUUUUUGGCUGCAAUUUCAUCCUUCAUCCUCUCUCUGUGUGUGUCUGUUUUGUAGUUUCUACGUUCACAUAUAUAUAUAUAUACUCUCUGAGUAACGAAUGAUGUGUUGGUGGUGAAUGAUGGUAUGUCUUAGAAUGGAUACAUGGACAAUUCGCUA